CGAGUCAUUUGGUCGAAGGUUUAGUGAUCGAAAAAAAGCGAUCGAAAUGUCAUGUGAUCGAAUCUUUUUUUGGUCGAAAAACAGAUAAUCGAAUAUUUUAUUAAUAUAGUCAAAAUAUUUUGUGGUCGAAUGGGUUUUUUGGUCGAAGUAAAGAUAAUGAUUAUCUUUUCGAUUACUUCAUCUAGUAUUUUUAUAGAUGUACCUAGCCCAUAUGAAGGUAUAUCGUAUAGUAGGUACUUAGUGUGUAACGACUGUUCAACGUGUACGGCGUACCUACCAAUAUAGUGUUUAUCAUCUGUUCAAUAUACUUUGGUAUUUUAUACAUAUUUUUGCAACAACAGUUAAUUUUUUUUUAUUAUUUAUAAAUAUGAAUAUUGAUAUUGUACCUUGCAUCCACCGAGGAAUAUUAUUAAAUAUAAAUAAUUUCAUAUAUAAAAAAAACAAAGAUUUAUUACGUAAAACUGACGGCAAACACGUAUUUUAUUGGAUUUGUGUUAAUAAAUGUGGUGCAAAAAUUCGAACUGUGGAGACAAAUGAAAAAAAAAAUGAACUAGAUAAAAAUUCAACGUUUUUUCCGGAUCAACACUGUCAUGCUCCCGAUCCUAUAGGCUUGGAAAUCUAUCAGAAAUCUAUUAACGAGUGUUCGACAAUUGUUGCUUCCCAUGCGAGUAAGAAUUCAGUUCAACAAUUAGUAAAACGUCAAAGACGCAAUGUAGAAAUCUACAAAGAACCAAAAUCCAUUGAUGAAAUAUGCCUAGCCCCAACAAUGUGUCAAACACUAAAGGGUGAAUUAUUUUUAAUUAAAAAAAAAGAAAAAUUGCUAUUGUUUACGACGAAUGAUAACUGUAAAUAUUUAAGCGAAUCUAUUUGCUGGUUAGCAGAUGGAACAUUCAAGGCUUGCCCUCAAAUUUUCGAACAAAUGUAUGUUAUUCACGGAUCAAUUAAAUCAAUUAAUAUUUUAUAACAACUUUUUUCUACGUCAUAAUAGGCCAGGCAAAGAAGAAAAAAUGGCGGAAAAAAAUCCCAACCAAGAUUUUUUUUUUUUAAAAGUUUUAAUAAAAUAUGCCCUAUAACAUACUAAAAGUCCCCAUUAAUCGGACUG